AUGUACGGGCCACAGACGCUAGAUCUGUACUACGCCGAGGUGGAGGCCCUCCUAAAGGAACGGCUCGAGCACAGCGGCCAAAAGCUUAAGCGCAUCGAAAUCUUCGACCACACCAUCCGCAGGCACGACCCCAACGCCGCCCGCCAGCCGGUGCAGCAAGUCCACGUCGACCAGACGCCUAAGGCCGCUGAGGCCAGAGUACGGCGGCACAUCACGCCCAAGGAAGAGGUCGACGCCCUCCUCCAAAAGCGCUACCAGCUCAUCAACGUCUGGAGACCCAUCCGGCACCCCGCCACCGACUUCCCCCUAGCGGUAAUUAACUACCGCACCACCGCGCCCGAGGAUCUUGUGCCGGUCAACUUGCUCUACCCUAAGCGCAACGAAGGGGACGACGGCGACGAUAGGGGCAAGGAAAUUCAGCCGUCGCAGGAGACGCUCGACUCGCUUGAGGGAUACGAGGUUAAGGGCAAGACAUAUGGCGUGCUGCCCAAUGAGAACCACAAGCUGUACUACAUUAAAGACAUAACGCCUGGGGAGGCGAUACUCAUUAUGUCCUUUGCCUCAAAGGGGGGCCGGUUGCCGGGCAGGAAGAAGGGGGUUUCGGAGGUAACACCGUAUACUGCUUUUAUUAACCCGCAGAUGCCCGAGGGGACGCCGGAGAGGGAGAGUAUUAAGGUGUUUAGGGUUUUAUAA